AUGAAGAUUUUGAGUGCCGCCUGCGCGGUAUUUGCGCUAGCUUCUCCUGUCGCAGCUGUUGCUGUUAACCUGCAAAAUCCCUCCGCACUCAGCGUUGUUUCCGGCAAGAACGUGCCUGUCGGUAGCCAUCCAGAUUUCAUCAAGCCUCGCACAACGUGGGUCGAUGGCCAGAACGCAGUAGAGUGGCCGGCCGACCCUCAAUUCGCAUACUUCGGCGUCCCCUUGCACGCCAUUCCGUAUUGUUUCGUCAACCAGGAAGCAAAGGAAAAACUUCAGCAUCACGUCUGGCAGGCAAUGCAAGCGUGGAUGAAAGCUCUCGGUGGCGACCCUGGCGACGUUGACCACCGAGUCCACGGAAUCGGUCAUUUGGUCACUUUCCAGUGGGUGCAAGUCAACUGCUACAAGGACGACUACCGAGACCCAAGCAAUCCCGGAACAUGGAAUGUUCCAGGUUGGGAGCAUGCUUUGGCGAUCCAUCUAGUGCCAUCUGGUACCUCGUCGAAGCCGGGAUUUCGACCCAAGGAAAAGAAUAAUGAAGCAGGUCGUAACCACAUGUACCUACAGGCGAUACCUAGGGCCCCAGGCGACAGCAUAAAUGCGUCUCCGGGGCAACUUCAAGCGUUCACUCAUGAGCUUGGACAUGUUCUCGGACUGGGCCACGCACAUCAGCAUCCCGACGCACCGGUCAAAUUACGUUGCGAGAACCUUCCGAAUAUGGAUUGGGUGAUAGACCUUGCUCUGAUGAACGACGAAUACAAGCAUUACAAAAACGAACCGGAUGGAAGGACGAAGCUGCGAGACUUCCUAUGCAAGCGAGAGAAUUAUGACAAAGCGGUAUUUGCGGGCUGUGCCUUCACCGAAUACGUGACGAAUCGUCCCGGUAUGAAAGUCAUUGGGCCUUACGAUCAGGAUUCUAUCAUGCACUACCCCACCAUGGCGCAUUGGAAAGAUGCGGAGGGCAAUUACCACGACGAAGUGUGGAAGUCUCAUAUGCCAUGGAAUCCGGAUCAAGCAACCAUGAGCCAUGUCCAUGCAGAUGGUUCAGAAGAACCAUUCCCCUUAAACAUCGAGAUCAGUAAGGGUGAUGUGGCGGCUGUCAAGUCACGCUACCCUGCAUGA